CUGCAUAUCUUUGCUGCAGUGGGUGGGUAGGGAUACAAGAGGCGGGUGUUGCCACAUAUCUCUGCUCUUCCUUCUUUUUGUUGGGCGUAGUCAGUGAAGAGGACCUCUGGGUUAUCACGGAGUGUCUUCUCCUUAUAUUUCUCCCUAGCUGUUCUACUAUUACAUUUAGCAGGGUAAUGAAUCUCUUUGCUCUCCGCUCUGAGAGCUGUGCUGCCUUCUCAUUGGUUUCCAUGGCGACAAGUUGUUUACUUCAAGGGGAGCUAGGCUAACUAUUUACUUUGCUAGCUUUUCUAGCCUACAAACACUGGGAAAAAACUGAACUAUGCACGGUUUACCAGAUAUAUUAAUGUUACCAACAAGGAUCCUUUAACUUUUCUUCUUGUCUUUAUAAAGUAAUUCUUCUGUUCUUCACUGCAGUUUCUCCUUUGGAAAGGUGGUAACAGUAAAUUUAAAAAAUAUAUCCGAAGAUGAUAUUUCCUCUUCUAUUAUUGUUAAUUCAUGCAGUUACCUCUUCUAUGGAGUCCUUUCUGAAAAUUAUUUGAAGGUAAUUUAGCAAAAUGCCCCACUUUUUGGGGUCCAAGUUUGAGAUGUAUUCAGGAGCUCAUCUUUUGGUGCAGCUACUUAUGGAAUCUCUCUCUCAGACAGACAGACUCUCUCUGUCACCCUGUCUGUCUCUCUAAAAUCAAUUCAAUUCAGUGUGCUUUAUUGGCAUGAAUGUAACAAAGAGAAUAUUGCCAACAGGUCAAGUAAUAAUGAGAUUAAAAGAAAAAGAAAAAAAGUACAAUUCAUAAAAUCAGGAAAAUAGCAGAAAAACUGAUAAAACAACAAAAAAACAAUGAACACUUGAUCUGUGUGUUUGUGACAGACUGUGGAAGUGUGUGUUGAUGUUAGUGUUAGUGUGUGUGUGUGUGUGUGUGUGUGUGUGUGUGUGUGUGUUAGUGUGUAUCAGUACCUGGACAGUGGAGGGUCUGGGUCGUUGUGUAUUUAGCUCAGUGAGUAUCAGUAUCAGAAUAAGAGGAGGUAAUUAUUCAAAAUUAUCAAAUAAUAAAAUUAUGGGCCUACCAACCAGGGUGACUAAUAUAUACAAACUAAUAAUAAUAAUAAUAAUAAUAAUAAUAAUAAUAAUAAUGAUGAUGAUGAUAAGCAGCUGUAUAUAUUUUCAUAGCACAUUUCUUCUGUUUAUGUAUAUGUUCACACGCUGUGUGAUGGUUUGUCUGGGGGUCACUGGUUUUUAGGUGAUUGUAAAAUAUAUUUGCUCUUUUCUGUAUUUUCAGUAUGAGGGGGUGUUGGCCGAGUUCUGCUCUACAGGCUGUUUGGCGUCUUGCACCUGCAGGAUGUUCUAUUAUUGUUUUGUCCCAUUUGUCAAAUUCAUGAUUUAAUUUGGGUCCCCAGAUCUCACUGCCAUUGAGGAUUAUAGGUUCAAAUGGAAUGUCAAAUUGAAUAUUUCUUCUAAAUGCACAGAAAGCUCUUCUUGCUUUGUAUCUGAGAUCUUUCACAGCUGUGUUGAAGCUUCCUGUGGAGCUGACGUUGAGGCCAAGUUUGCUGUCAGGGUCCAGGUCUGACAGAACCUCUGCAGGAGAUUAAGGUGCUGGUGUAAACCUUCUUCAGUGGCUGAAAGCAACACUAAGUAAGGUGGUUGCGGUAUGGAGUGGGAGCCUCCAGGACAUGGAAGAAGUCUGAACUGCAGAUCAUGUGACACCCAGUGACCCAGCUGAGAAAGUUUGAGUUCAGUCUGUGUUCAGGUGUGUUCCAGGUGUUUGUGGUACGUGUUAACACCUCACUGUGUUUAUCAGACUGUUUGCUUUCUGAAUAAUUCAGAAUCAACUGAUAUCACACUGCUCCCUCACCUGGACCAAGGCUCCGCCCCCUUACACCUGACCACCUUUAUACCUGAGACGCACACAGUCACUCACACACACCUACAGCACACACUUACAGAGCCCACUUCACACCUCAGCCAGACUCUCAGCAGACUAUCGAAACAUUUCGGUUAGAUUACGGCAGCUCUGGCAAACUUUUAGGCAGACCUUCAGUAGACUCUCAGCAGACUCUUGGUAGACUCUCAGGAUGACGAGCACGGCAGCAGAACUGGCCAGGAGGAAGGCCCGGGAGGAGGAUGGCGCUGGCAGCCGGGCCAACGCCGUCCCCUUCAACCAGCAGGACUUUGAGCAGCUGCGGAGCGAGUGUCUGCAGGCCGGCGCACUGUUCUGCGACCCGGCCUUCCCCGCAGGCUUUGACUCUCUGGGAUACAACCAGCUGGGACGCUACUCCUCCAAAACCAUCGGAGUGGAGUGGAAACGACCCACGGAGCUGUGUUCUGAUCCUCAGUUCAUUGUUGAUGGAGCGAAGAGAACAGACAUCUGCCAGGGAGUGCUGGGUGACUGCUGGCUGCUGGCUGCCAUCGCCUCUCUGACCCUGGACCCUCAGAUCCUGAAGAGAGUGGUUCCUCCUGAACAGAGCUUCAGCUCGCAGUACGCCGGCAUCUUCCACUUCCAGCUGUGGCAGUAUGGGGAGUGGGUGGACGUGGUUGUGGAUGACCGGCUGCCCACCAGAGAUGGGAAGCUGCUGUUCGUUCACUCGGCAGAGGGAGGAGAGUUCUGGAGCGCCCUGCUGGAAAAAGCCUACGCCAAGGUGAACAGCUCGUACGAGGCUCUGACCGGAGGUUCGAGUAUCGAGGGUUUUGAGGAUUUCACCGGAGGAAUCUCGGAGAGCUACGACCUGAAGGAGGCUCCGCCCUUCCUGUUUAACAUCAUGAAGAAGGCUCUGAAGCUCGGCUCGCUGCUCGGCUGCUCCAUCGACAUUUCCAGCUCGCAUGAGACGGAGGCGAUCACCGGUCAGAAGCUGGUUAAAGGCCACGCCUACUCCAUCACUGCAGCACAGCAGGUUCAGCACUUCGGUUCUCCGGUGGAGCUGCUGAGGAUCAGGAACCCCUGGGGUCAGGUGGAGUGGACCGGAGCCUGGAGCGAUGAGUCGAAGGAGUGGGACGGCGUUCAGCCGGAGGAGAAGAAGAAGCUGGAUCAGGCCGCUGAUGACGGAGAGUUCUGGAUGUCCUACACCGAUUUCCUGCGGCAGUUUUCCCGCCUCGACAUCUGUAACCUGACACCCGACACGCUGAGCAGCGGCGAGGUCGGCCGCUGGAACUACAGAGAGUUCGAAGGCGUGUGGAGGGUCGGCUCCACCGCCGGAGGCUGCAGGAACUACCCGGCCACGUUCUGCUCCAACCCUCAGUUCUUCAUCCGGCUGGAGGACGUGGACGACGACCCUCACGACGGGGAGGACGGCUGCACCGUCCUGAUCGGUCUGAUGCAGAAAGACGCUCGCAGGGAGAGACGCUUCGGACGGGACCUCAACACCAUCGGAUUCUCCAUCUACGAGGUUCCUGAUGAGUAUAAAGGUCGCAGUAACGUCCACCUGGGCCCGGACGUCCUGCUGAGGAGAGCGGCUGUGGCUCGCAGUCACAACUUCAUCAACCUGCGAGAGGUGUGCGACCGAUUCAAACUGCCGCCCGGAGAGUACGCCAUCAUCCCCUCCACCUUCGAACCGCACCGCAAAGGAAGCUUCAUCCUGAGGGUGUUCACCGAAAAACAGGCCCACACCAGGCCGAUGGAGGAGGACGUGAGCGCUGACGUCCAGGAGCCUGAUGUUGGACGGCACGACGUGGAUCCUCACUUCAAACAUCUCUUUGUCCAGAUGGCUGGAAAUGACUCGGAAAUUUCCCCCUUUGAGCUGCAACAGAUUCUGGACAAAGUGACAGCUCAGAUCGAAGCCUGUCGGCUGCAGCGGGACGUCAGUGUGACCGACUGUUGUGUGUUUCAAGGGUCCGACGUUAAAACUGACGGCUUCAGUCUGCAGACCUGCCGCGACAUCAUCAGCCUGAUGGACAUGGACGGCAGCAGGACUCUGGGUCUGCUGGAGUUUCACGCUCUGUGGACGAAGAUCCAGAGAUACCUGGAGAUCUUCAAGAGCCACGACUCGGACGGUUCUGGUACGAUGAGCAGUCAUGAGAUGAGAGCAGCGCUGGCUGAAGCUGGUUUCCAGGUCAACAGUGCUGUGAUUCAGGAGAUCGUCGGCCGAUACGCCGACACAAGUUACGCCAUCGACUUCGACUGUUUCAUCGGCUGCCUGAUUCGUCUGGAGAUGCUCUUCAAGAUGUUCAGAACUCUGGACACGAAGAACCUGGGGAAGAUCCAACUGGACCUGCAGCAGUGGCUCUGCCUCGCCAUCAACUGACUGCCGCCCGCUCCAGGUGCAUGCUGGGAGUUUUCUACAGUUUAAAGGACAUACAGCAGCUGUUGUUGUUACUGUUGUUUCUUAAUAAAAACUAGGGCUGUCAAUCAAUUAAAAAAAUGAACUACUUAAUCUCACAAUUUGCUGUGAUUACUCGCUUUUCUUCUUCUUAAUAUUGAAGAAGGAAUAAUGAAUAUUAAAAUGCUAUAUCAUGGGGCGCCCUGGUAGCUCACCUGGUACAGGGCUGCGUCAUUGCCACAAUUUCAAUAAAACCAUCGAGGCCAUUGACUGUCAGCUUGAAAGGCAUAAUUCUUAUCUGCACUAACAGAAAUAAUAACAAAACCCAGGCCUAUAUGUUAAAGUGCCAGUCGAAUUUCAAAACCAUCAAGGCCAUUAAUAUUAGAGUUAAUAUAUCAGCUUAGAAGGCAAUCAUUUCUUAUGUGCACUAAUAUAAAUGAUAAUUAACAACAAUAAAUGUUUUCCAUGUUCAAGUUCCAGCUGAAUUUCAACUAGGUCCACAACAGUCCAUGCAAAUGUGAAAAAAGAACAAGGAAAGAUUCUGAUUUGCACAGAGAGAGAGUUCAAACGGCCCCCUUUUAACUCGCCAAAAUUUAGCCUGACUUUGGAGCGUUAUUUAGACAAGACAGCAUGACACGGUACCAAUGGAUGCCCUGGGUUGUCUAGUUUCAUAUGAUACCAGUAUCUUUACCUUAGCUUAGCAGUUAUGCAUUAAUCGCUUUCAUUUCUUUUAACAUGUUGAAUAUUUCAAAUUAAUCGCAAAAAUGAAAGCGUUAAUUUUGACAGCACUAAUAAAAACUGUGUUGAGUUGAUCAUCAGUAACAGGAAGUCUGUUUGAAAUGUCAUGUUUUAAAGUUGUUCACCUUUAAAUAAACUCUGAAUCAGUAUCUGAA